UUUGCAUAUAUAGCUUUAGCAAUUCACAAUCUCCACGUCAAGAAGAGUAAAUUAGAUCAUAGUAGUAUAGAAUCCAUUAAUAUGGCAAAAGUUUUCCCCUUUUCUCCCCUAUUUUGUUCCAUUAAAUAUUCUAACCCCAAAACCAAAAGUGAUUUACAUACUAUCUCUAGCACCCCCAAAACAAGGCAUUUCCAGUGCUUGGCCAGCAAACAAUUAACUUCGGACUCGGAAAAGAUCAUCACGAGACAGUCUGCCAAUUACAAGCCAAGCAUUUGGAGUUAUGAUUUUCUGCAAUCCUUGAAGGAUAAUCCUAUUGAUCAAGUACUCAAAGACAAGGCAAAGAAGAGGGAGGAGGAAGUGAAGAGCAUGAUUACUAAUGAAAAAACGGAGAUUUUGACCACAAUUGAACUGAUUGAUGACAUCCAAAGAUUAGGGUUGGGGUACAAAUAUGAGGAUGAAAUACGAAGAGCCCUCAGUAGAUGUGUUUCUUGGGUGAAAAACAACGAGGGAAGAACGAAAAAUCUUUAUGCUACUGCUCUCAGUUUCCGGCUUCUUAGACAACAUGGCUAUGAGGUCUCUCAAGAUAUAUUUAAGAGCUUCAUGGAUGGUCCCGAGGGAUGCCUCACCAAGGACGUGAAAGGAAUGUUGGCCCUAUAUGAAGCCUCUUAUUUGGCUUUCGAAGGAGAACAUCUCUUGGAUGAGGCCAGGGAAUUCACAUGCAUGCAUCUCAAUAACGUCCGAAAGGAAGAAUAUUCAAGCCAAAGCCUCAACGACCAAGUGAUUCAUGGACUAGAGCUUCCACUGCAUCACAGAAUGCCUAGGCUCCAAGCUAGGUGGUAUAUCGAGGCAUAUGGUAAAAGACCAGAUGCAAACAAAGUUCUACUCGAAGAUGCUAAGCUGGAUUUCAACAUGGUACAAUCAACACUCCAGAGUGAUCUCAAGGACAUAUCGAGGUGGUGGAAAGGUUUGAACUUAGCAAACAAGUUGAGCUUCACAAGAGACAGGCUGAUGGAAUGCUUCUUUUGGACUGUUGGAAUGGUGUUUGAACCUCAAUACAGUGAUCUCCGCAAAGGGUUAACGAAAGUGACUUCCCUAAUUACUGUCAUUGAUGAUGUCUAUGACGUUUAUGGAACUUUGGAUGAACUAGAGCUCUUCACAGCUGCUGUUGAAAGGUGGGACAUCAAAGCUGUGCAGACUCUUCCAGACUACAUGAAGAUAUGCUUCCUAGCUCUCUACAACACCAUUAAUGACAUGGCUUAUGACACUCUUAAGGAGCAUGAUGAAUACAUCCUUUCCUACCUCACUAAAGCUUGGACCGACAUGUGCAAAGCUUUCCUACAAGAAAAGAAGUGGUCCCAAAACAAAGAAACGCCCCCAUUUAAGGAUUACCUUGAGAAUGGAUGGGUGUCGGUUUCAGGCGUAGUAAUAUUAGUUCAUACAUAUUUUCUUAUGAGCAAAAGCAUCACAAAACAAGGACUUGAGAGCUUAGAGAAGUGCCAUAAUCUCUUGCGUUGGCCUUCCAUCAUCUUUCGGCUUUGCAAUGAUUUGGGAACUUCAACGGCAGAACUGGAGAGAGGUGAAACUGCAAGCUCAAUCUUGUGUAUGAUGCGUGAAACUGGGGUUUCGGAGGAACUUGCUCGGAAAAACAUAAGGAAUUUGGUUGAAGAAACUUGGAAGAAGUUGAAUAAAGAUAAAACAGAUGAAGAUUCUCCGUUUUCAAAGCCUUUUAUAGAGACAGCAAUAAACCUUGCUCGGAUUUCCGAGUGUACCUACCAAAAUGGAGAUGCGCAUGGAGCGCCAGAUAGUAGAUCAAAGAACCGAGUCUUUUCUUUAAUAAUUGAUCCCAUUCAUUAAUAAAACGGGUGCAUUCACGGUGAA